AUGAUGACGGAUGAAACUAAAAUUGGGAAGGAAGAAUUAAGGGUGUGGAUAGAGGAUACAUUGAAAAGAAAAGAUUUUUCGUUUAGUUGUUUGAAAGACGGUGAUAUAUAUUUAGAACUAUUUGAAUAUAUAUGGCCACAAGUGAUGAAAAAAUAUAAAGGAAGUAUUAUAAUGUAUCCAUCAAGUGAUAAUGAAAGAAAAGAAAAUUGGAAAAUGAUAAAAAAUGUAUUAAAAAGUGUACAUCUUGAAGAAGAUUUUAUAAAGUAUAAUGAUAUUAUUGAAAACAAUUUUAAAGGAUGUUAUGAAUCAUUAAUUAUUUUAUAUUUUUUAUAUUCUUUAGUUAGAUAUCAUGAAUGUGAUUUUAUAUUAGCACAUCCGAUUGAUCAAAAGUUAACUGAUUUUAUGUCAAGUGAAAAACCCUUAACAUGUUUGAUUAGAACAGGUAGUGUUCAUCUCCCAAAUAAUGUAUUUGAAAAAGUUAGGAGCAUGCCUGAAUAUGAAGAUAUACAUAUAAUAGAUGAUGAAAAUGAAAAAAAUGAUGAUAGAUAUGAUGUAAUGUAUGAUCAAUGCAAUACUAUAUUCAAUACAUCUGAUAAAAAACUGAACACACAAAAUAAUUUUUCUUUUAAAAAGGAUAAUUCAACGGAGCACUUAAAUUUAAUGUAUCCUAUAAAUUCUCAUAUGGAAGAAAAUACUUUUGAUAAAUAUAUAAAAAAUUAUGAAACCCAUACAAAUGUUCAUAACAAAGAAGAAGAACAAAAUAUGAUAGGUUAUAAUAAUUCAAAUAGUAACACAAAUUUGAAGCAAGAGUUUAAAGAAUACAACAACAAAAUGUUUUUAGAAAUGAAUAAUGAAAAUAAUGAGCAAUUAGAUGAUAGAGUAAAUAGAAAUUAUACUAAUAAAGAAGAAAAAUAUCAAACAUAUGAUAAAAGAUAUGAUAAAAGAUAUGAUAAAAAAUAUGAUAAAAGAUAUGAUAAAAAUGAUAAUUUUAUAGGAUAUAAAAAAGGUCAAGAUGAUGAUACCAUAUCUUAUAAUAAACAUUUUAGUGAUAAUAUAUUGAGUGAUGUUACUUUGAAUCGUUUUACUUCCAACAUUUCUUGUUAUGAUGAUAAUAUGGAUAUUAAAACAAAGAAUUCAAAUGAAUUUCAUAUAAAUGGAAUAAAGAGAAAGAGUGUAUCACACAAUAUAAGUAAUGUAUCCACUUCUCCUUGUAGCGAUUUUUUUAAAUAUUUUAGAUUUGAAGAAGGCAUAUUUCAUGACAACAAAAGGGAUGAUAAUGUAUUUAUGAUAAAUAAUAAUGAAGAUAUAUUAGAGCAUGAUUCGGGUUUACAUAAGAAUGAAAAAUAUAAUAUCCACACAAAUAAACAUAACAACAAUAAAAACAACAACAACAAUAAUAAUAAUAAUAAUAGUAAUAAAAGUAAUACUUGUUUUGCUACCAGUCCUGUUAAUUUCUUUAAACCUUUUAAUAAAGACAAGGUAGAUGUGUCAUCACAGACAGAUUAUAAUCAUGAGGACAUUUUUUUAAAUAAUAUAAUUCAUCAUGAGAAUAUGAAAAAUCUAGAAGUUAUAUGGAAUAAUGAUGAGCAGAAAUUGAAGGGGGAAUCAUUUCUUCUUUUCUUAAAAAAUCAAAUAAAAAUGUAUAAAAAAGAAUUAAUUAUAAAAAAUGAUGAAAUAAAAAGUAUGAAAAAUAUACACAAGAAAAAUAUAGAUGAUAUAAUAUCAUCUCAUAUAUUAGAAAUAUCAAAACUUAAAGAAAAACAUCAAGCAGAUAUUUUUUUUCUAAAAAAUCAGCACUUAGAAAAUAUAGUAAGUGUAAGAAAAAAUUUUGAAUCAAAAUUAAAUCAUAUAGAGGAAGAUCUUCUUUUAGAUCUGGAUAUUCUUUAUAAGGAAAAUAAUGGUAAUACAUUAAAUGAACAAAUUAAUGAAAUAAUUAUAAGUGAACACAAUGAAAGAGAAAAAUAUGGAUUAGACAAACACAUUGAUAAUUUCUUGAAUGAUAAUAAGAUGAAUAAAUGGGAUAUGACUAAUAAUAUGGACAAUUCUACUGAUCAUAUAAAUAAUAAUAAUAAUAAUAAUGAUAAUAGUAAUGAUCAUUAUAAUAAUAAUACUUUAAAAUAUUCAGAUAGAACAAAUAACAUAAGGGAUGAUAAUAAUAUAGAAAUAAAACAUAAUAAUAAUCUUAUGAUAUAUGAAAAGGAUACAAUAAACGAGCACAUAUCAAUUAAUGAUAUAUUAUAUAAUAAUAAUUCAAAUAAAAUAAUUAGAAAUAAUAAGGAUAUAUUCCUUAAAAAUGGAGAACAUAAUUUGAAAAACAAUGUUAUGAUUCCACAUGAGUUAGAUAACCCACUUAAGAAACUGAAAUUUAUGUUGAAUCAAAAAAAUAAAGAACAUGAAGAAAACAAUAAAUAUAUAAAAGAAGAAAUGACUCAUCUUAAGCAAAUAUAUAACCAAGUAUUCUUAGAAAAAAACAAAGAAUACAAUGAAAUAUAUGUUAACAAUAAAAUAUUUUAUGAUAUACUAGAAUAUAUUAAAAAGGACAACAACUGUGUUGGAGAUGAUAUAUUUAAUAAGAAUAAUGAACAUUAUAGUAUAGAAAAAAUUAAGAAAAACAUAUAUGAUAUUAUAAUAAAAAAUAAUAAAGAAAGUAAAAUAUAUUUGAAGGAGAAGAAAAAAGAAGAAAAAGAUAUUGUUAAGGAAUUAGAUGAAAAUUGGUUAAUUAAUUUGUUAAUAUAUAUGAACUCUUUAUUACAAUUAGAACGGAUAAGAUUAGAAGAUAUGAAAAUUAAAGAAGAAAGAGAUAUUUGUAUCUAUAAUUAUAUGAAAAAUAAAAAUAUGAAAAAAAAAGAUAAUUAUUUAUUUUUAUUAAAUAACGACAUGAAUAAAAAAGAAUUAAUAAAUGAUACAAAUGAUAUAUCAAGCAAUGAAUUACAUAGGUUAGAAAAUGAGAUGGAUACAAAUGAAAAAAUAAAAAUGUUGAAAGAAAGAAAUAGAAAGUUAUUAUCUCUAAAUGAAUUUUAUAAAAAGAAAUUAGAACAUAUACAAAUAUGGAAAACAAAACUGGAGAUUAUGAAAACAAAUAAAUAUAACCAAUUUGUUGUUAAUGAAAAUAAAGAAAAUAUUUUUUUAAAAAAAUAUAAAUGUGAUGAUGAUAAGGGAGUUACAACAAAUGAUAUGGAGUAUACACAUAAUAAUAAUAAUAAUAAUAACAAUAUUUAUAAUAAUAAUAUUUAUAAUUAUAGUAAUAAUUUGAAGGGAUUUACAUCCAUGUGGUUACCACUUAUAUAUUUAAAACCUGUUGAAGAAGAAAACAAAAGAGAUGCCGAGUUAAUGUACCUUUUAAAAAUGUUAGAUAGAUAUGAUAAUGAAAAUAAGAAAAAUGGUAUAUGGUCUUCUAACAAUGAAGAGAAUGAUAAUAAUAUGGUUGAUGAAAAAAUUAUGAAUGAUAUAUAUCAUAAUAAUAAUAAUAUCAAUAGUAAUAGUAUUUUUAAUUUUGCUUAUAAUUUUGAUGAUGAAUAUAUUUCAUGUCUUAAGACAGAUAAUAGGAAAUGCACUGAUAAAGAUUAUAAUGAUAGAGAAAAUGAAUUUGUAUACGCUCCAUAUAAUCUUUUAAAUGUUUUAAAAAAAAAACUUACAUAUAUAUUUUGGCAGCUUCUAGGUGAUAUAUAUAAAUACCGUAAUGUUAUCAUAGAAACAUGUAACUAUAUAUAUAAUAUACAUAAUUUAUUCAAUGAGCAUAUAAAUAAAUAUGAAAAAGAUGAAAAGAAAAAGGAAGAAUCUUAUAAUAAGUGUAUGAAGGAUAAAGAAGAUGAUUAUUUAAAUGAAAAAUAUAACUUAAGAGAACUUAUAGGAAUAACAAAAUUAAAAUUGGAAAUAUGUACUAAUGAAUAUAUUGAAUUAAAAGAAAAUUAUGAGAAAGAAAAAAAACGUUUAAUUAUUUUAACAAAUAGAUGUUAUGAAAAUGAAAGUAUGAAAUAUAAAAGUACCAUACAACAAUUUAAAAAUGUAGAUAAACAAUUAAAAAUAUAUAAAGCCAGAGAAAAAAAAUGGAUCAAUUUAAUUGAAUUAUUAAUAUUAGAAUUAAAGAAUUCCUCAAAACAAAAUCAAGAAGAUAUUAAAAAUGUGUGGCUAGAAAUUAUAUCUACUAAAAAAGAAGCAAUCAAUAAUGAUAAUACUAUAUGUAUGGAAAAUAACAAUUCUGAUGAUUAUUUAAUAAUUGAUAAGGGAGAUCAAGAAAAAUGUAACCAUUUAAUAAAUGAAAAAAAUGUCGUCAUUGAUAGUAUAAAUAAAGAUAUAGAUGAAAAUAAUUUGGGAUUUGAAUAUAAUCAUGAUAAACACAAUAUGGAUAUUAAUAAUAAUAAUAAUAAUAAUAUUAUAAAAAAUCUGGAUGAUCUUAUAAGAAAAAAUAAAACAGAGCAAGAAGAUAAUAGAAAAAAAAAACUUCCAAUGAAAAAAGAAGAAAAUGAUAAAAUCAAUAUUUAUAAAAAAGAUUUUCAUGGUUUUUUAGAUGACAUAAUAAAAAGUGAAGUCUUUCAAUUUUAUUCAUUUGAAGAAUCAAAUAAUUUUAUAAGUAAUAAGAUAAAUGCACAUAUUAAUAAUAAUACAUCUUUUAAUAUUAAUACGAAUGAAUAUUAUGGAAACAGUAAUGAGAUGUAUAUAUUUAAAGAAAAUAUGGAGGACUACAAUAUAUAUUAUAAUAAAAAAAUAAAUCAUGUAUAUAAUAAUUAUAUUGUAAAUAAUUAUAAUAAUGAUGAUAUAAAAGAUGGUCCUAACAAUAAUGAUAAUAAUAAUAAUAAUAAUGAUACACAUAUACAUACACAUAAUACAAACAAACACUCAUUAAAUAAAAUAAAAGAUAAAUUUUAUGAAGGAAAAGAUUUUUUCAACUUACUAAGUGCCAUGGCAAAAGAAUCAUGUCUUAUAUUUCAAAUAUUAUUAAAAAUAAAAGAAGAUGAUAUAAAAGAAAAAACAGAAAAAAUAACAUCAUUAGAAAAAAAAUUAUAUUUAUUAAAACAAUAUAAUAUAAAUGAAAAAAAUAAAAAUAAAUUGUUAUUAGAGAAACAGGAAAUAUUAAUACAUAAAAUAAAGACAUUAAAUAUUGAUAUACAUAAAUUACAAACAUAUAUAUCAUCUAUAAAUAAAGAAAAAAUAUAUUUAAAAACUCAUAACCUAACAAAAGAACAAGAACUCAAUUUAAUUAUCACAUAUUAUAAAAAUAUUAUUAUAUCUAUUAAAAAACAUUUAAAUAAAUAUUCAACUGUUCUAUAUCUAUUAGAUAAUAUACCUCAACAUGAUAAAGAUAUUAUACUUAAUUUAACAAAUAUUACUCAUGAAAAAUAUAAUAAUUUUAAAUUCUCAUUUGAUAAACAACAAAAGGAUCAAUUAACAAAAAAAAAAAAAAAUGAAUUCAACGAUGAAACAUCUGACUAUUCUCUUCAACAAGCAAAUUUACAACUAUUAAAGGAUAAAGCAUUGAAUGAAAAUAUUAUCACAGUUGAUGAUAAUAAUGAGCACUUGUCAGAUAUAUCUCUGGAGGAUAUAAUUAAAAACACACAAUAUAAUUAA